AUGGUGACUCCUGGCGUGCUCCCGCCCAACCUGGGCACCCGCGAGCCGCUGCUGUCGCUGCGCCGCCAGCUGGCGGGCCUGCUGGGCGACGGCCAGGAGGCGGGGCGCUGCUGGCUGCAGCAGGCCAAGCUCUGCAGGACGAUGGGCCACCAUGAUGGCGCCGAGGCGGCCGCGCUGCAGGCGCUGGCGGCCGGCGUGCCGGGCGCACUCUUGGAGCGGUGCAGGCUACUGUGGGCGUGCGACAAAGGCCACCGGGCCAUACGCGAGCUGGACGGCCCGGUCAGGCGGCUGCAGCAGGAGGUGGCGGGGGACUCUGACGGGGACGAGCCCAUGGCGGACGCGGGCGGCCGCGGCGGCGGCGCGGGGGCGGCGCCGGAGGACGCGCGCGGCAAGGCGCAGCUGGUGGGGCGGGCGCGGGGCCAGACCAACAAAGGCUGGGGCUGCGCGCGCGCUGCGCGCCCUGGCCUGCUUUGA